UCCGUGGUGGCCACCGGCAGUGGCAGCCACACAGCCCCACUCCGUCUCCCCUUCGCCGGGAUUGGAUUCCGGCCGCCGCCAAUAAUUCGCCCGGUCCGGUCCGGUCCUGUCCUGCCGGCGCCGUUGUUCGUGCGGUGCGGCUACCCGCCGGCCUGGAUCCCAGCCAGCAUCGCGAUGCGCAGCCUCAUGCGCGCGCGCGCAUAAACUAUCGCCGCCCUCCUCUGAUGCCACUUUGUUCGGCUCGGAUUAGUUCGUUCCAAGAGGAGGGAUCUUUUCUGGUGUCACCUCCGAGAUGAUCGGUGAUCCGACACAAGGAAGGAUGGGGGCACUAGUGGCUGGCUUUACAGUGCUGUAGCCUGUAGAGAGAGGGAGGCACUGCAGCUCGGGGGGUUGGCGUUUAACUGAAGCUCUGGCUCAAAGAGGAAGAAUCUAGCGAAAGUGGAAAGGAUUUCGACGACUCGGCGAGGAUGCUGCCCUACUUCGAUCCGGAGUACGAGAACUUCAACCAGCGCAUCAACCCUCCAAGGGUGUGCAUCGACAACACCACUUGCAGUGACUGCACCUUGGUGAAGGUUGACAGCAUGAACAAGAAUGGCAUUCUGCUGGAGGUGCUGCAGGUCCUCAGUGACCUCGACCUCCACAUCUUCAAGGCCUACAUCACCUCCGAUGGCGGGUGGUUCAUGGAUGUGUUUCAUGUCGUGGAUAAGCAAGGACACAAGGUUACUGAUGACAAGACCAUCAAGUACAUUGAGAAGGCUUUAGGUCCAGAGAGCAAUCUGCUGGGCGCGAAAGGCAGCAACUCGCCGGGGAGAUCGGUCGGGCUGCACUCCAUCGGCGACCACACCGCCAUCGAGCUCAAGGGCCCCGACAGGACGGGCCUCCUCUCGGAGAUCUUCGCCGUGCUCGCGGACCUCCAGUGCAACGUGCUGGCCGCCGAGGUGUGGACGCACCGGAUGCGCGUCGCCUGCGUGGUGUACGUGAACGACGUGGCCACGGGCCGGGCCAUCGACGACCCCUGCCGCGUGUCCCGGAUCAAGACCCGGCUGCGGCACGUGCUCCGCGGGUACGGCCACGGCGGCGGCGGCGGCGACGGCUGCCGGGGCGCGCUCGCCAACUUCGCGGUCGGGUCGUCGGCGCCGCACCACGUGGACCGCCGUCUGCACCAGCUCAUGCACGCCGACGUGGACGCGGACGGAGACGGCGACGGCGCGCCGGCGGCCGGCGGCGAGGGCAGCACCAGGCCGGUGGUGACGGUGGAGCACUGCGAGGAGAAGUCCUACUCGGUGGUCAACGUCCGGUGCCGCGACCGGUCCAAGCUGCUGUUCGACAUCGUGUGCACACUCACGGACAUGCAGUACGUCGUGUUCCACGCCGCCGUCUCGUCGGAGGCCAACUUCGGCAUCCAGGAGCUGUACAUCCGCCGCAAGGACGGCAAGACGCUUCUGAAAGACGAAGCGGAGAGGGUGCUCAGGUGCCUCGAAGCAGCCAUCUCCAGACGAGUGUCCGAGGGCUUCACGCUGGAGCUGUGCGGCAGGGACAGGGUGGGCCUGCUGUCGGACGUGACGAGGGUGCUGCGGGAGCACGGGCUGACGGUGACCCGCGCCGACGUGACGACGGUGGGCGGGCAGGCCACCAACGUCUUCUACGUCCGAAACCCCUCGGGGCAGCCGGUGGACAUGGAGACCAUCGAGGGGCUCCGGGGGCGGGUCGGCCAGACCGUCAUGCUCAGCGUCAAGAGCGUCCCUGCCGCCGUCGCCAAGGUGCCAGAGCCGGGAUCCGGCGGCGUCGCCAGGACCAGCUUCUUCUCCUUCGGCAGCCUCUUCGCCAAGCUCCGGGCCUGAUCAAAGUGAUUCCGACACCGGCUCCAGUUUGUGUGAUUGGUGUAGAGAUGAACUGAGAACUAGAGUAGUGGUGGAGGGGGAGACAGAGCAACUGUAUGUGGCAUGUGGCAGCUGUGGUUGUAUAGUUCAUAAGGAGCCUCUACCAGACUGGUGGUUCUGUGCAAUGCAGGCUGCAGACUGCUUUGUUGAGGGCGUCAGCGCAUUGGGCUACCUGAUCAUCUGAUCUGCAUGUUUUGCAUCCAACAUCGACCAUGUAAACUGUUCAGCCUGUCUCUGAUUGGUCAACACCUCAGCUAGCUGAACAUUUCAGCA